AUGAGCUGGUACGCUGUGGACAUGGAUUUCUCCUUCUCCUCUCCCGUGCACCAGUCAAAUGCCCGGACCUGCCAGCCACCUGAUAAUGAAAUUGGGCGCAACUACCUCACGCCAUCCAUCGUAAUCACGCCAGGAAGUGUGACAACAUUGCCCUGGAAACGAUUCGACUUCACGUGUAUUGCUCAGGCUGACAGUCUGGCAAGUGUCCGCUUCGAAAAGGAUGGAAGGCCCGUGGAUGCCGAUCCCCGUUUCCAAGUCGUUCGCAUCAACAGCACAGCCGUCCAAGUCGUCGCCCCACAGGGUCUACGUGGAAUGGAUGAUAUGGUGUUAAUGUAG